AUGCACUACCCGCCGAGCAAGCCCGGCGCCAUGCCCGCCAACGCUUCCCAUGCCCCGGGACCGUACAUGUCCACCGACGAGGAAAUGAUAUUCGAGCAGGCCAUCGGCAUCCUGUCCGCCAUCUGGACGCCCGACGUGCGCAUGUGGAAGUACCACGGCAGCCAGCUGGGCGACAACCCGCGCCAGUGGCCGCCGCGCCUCAUCUGCGCGCUCGCCGUGCUCGCGCAGACGGCCGGGCCCGCCGGCCGCGUCCGCGCCAUGCAGGCCAUCUCCGCCGCCAUGGGCUCCUUGGCGUACACGGCGCCGACGCCCGAGCACGUUGCGAGGGCGACAGAGCUGUUGAAGACCAGGGCCCGCGAGGAGCAGUCGGCCCGCGAGUCCAGGCGCCGCACCGAGCCUCAUGGACGCGGCCAGCACGGCGGCGGUGAUCACCGUCAGGGUGAUGCGGCUCGUGAGGCGGCGUUUGCUCAGGAUGAGGCUGUUCCGACGCGUUCGGCUGGUGGUGCGGCUUUGGCUGAGCAGGUCGCUCGCGUUGCUGUUGUUGAGGGGAAGCUUAAGGAGGAACGCAGGCAGCAUGAGGAGGAUGUUGCGGGAUUGCGUGCAACAAUUGAGAAGCUGAAGACGGAGACGGAUGUGAAGGUCAAGGAGACGGAGACGAAGCUCAAGGUGAUGGAGGCGAAGCUUAAGAUUAUGGAGGCGACGCUUGAGAAGAAAGACAAGGAGAUUCAAGAGAAGAACAAGCAGCUCGAGGAGAAGAGCCGGCGUGUCGACGAGGCGGAGAUGAAGUGGUUCGACAUGGAUGCCAACAUCUCCGUCAUCUCUUCCGACCGCGACAUGUUCGAAAUGUACUGGGAUACUGCUGAGAUGGAGAAGAAGCGCCUCGAGAAGGAGAAUAUUGGGUUGAAGAAGAAGCUGGCUGAGAAGGAUGAGUACAUCAAGACACUCACCGUUCAGAGAGACCAGGAUCUUCACAUGAAGGACUAG